AUGGCGGCGUCCCUGAGGUGCUGGUGCUGGUGGUGGUGGUCGGCGGUGGUAUUGUCUGUGGUGGUCGGCGUGAGCCCUGUUGUCGCCAACACGGAGGGUGAUGCUCUAUACAGCCUACGACAAAGCCUGAAAGAUAACAACAAUGUACUGCAGAGUUGGGGUCCAACUCUGGUUAAUCCAUGUACAUGGUUCCAUGUUACAUGUAACCCUGAUAACAGUGUCAUCAGACUUGAUCUUGGAAAUGCACAACUAUCAGGUCCGUUGGUGCCACAGCUUGGGCAAUUGAAAAAUAUGCAAUAUCUAGAACUUUACAGUAACAACAUAAGUGGGCCAAUACCACCUGAACUGGGGAACUUAACUAACCUGGUCAGUUUGGAUCUGUACCUCAACAACUUCACUGGAGGCAUUCCUGACACCUUGGGCCAACUAUCAAAGUUGCGGUUUCUCCGUCUUAAUAACAACAGUCUUUCUGGCCAAAUUCCGAAAACGUUGACCAAUAUCAACUCUCUCCAAGUUCUGGAUCUCUCAAACAACAAUCUCUCAGGAGGGGUGCCAUCAAGUGGUUCAUUUUCUCUGUUUACACCUAUAAGUUUUGCUAACAACCCAAAUCUUUGUGGCCCUGGUACUACAAAGCCUUGUCCUGGGGCUCCUCCCUUUUCCCCACCCCCUCCAUACAAUCCCCCAUCACCAGCUUCAUCAAAAGCUGAGGAUCCUGAAGUUCACCUUGGACAACUCAAGAGGUUUUCACUGAGAGAGCUUCAAGUCGCCACAGAUAAUUUUAACAAUAGGAAUGUCCUAGGAAGAGGUGGUUUUGGAAAGGUGUACAAAGGGAGACUGUCGGAUGGUUCACUGGUAGCGGUGAAGAGAUUAAAGGAGGAGCGCACCCCUGGCGGAGAGCUCCAGUUCCAAACAGAAGUUGAAUUGAUUAGCAUGGCAGUGCGCAGGAAUCUGCUUCCGCUCCGUGGAUUCUGCAUGACUCCUACAGAGCGGUUGCUAGUAUAUCCAUACAUGGCUAAUGGGAGUGUCGCGUCGCGCCUUCGAGAACGCACGCCAAAUGAUCCCCUCUCGAAUGGGAAACAAGGGCCAGGAUCGCGCUGGGAUCAGCCAGAGAUCAUUCACCGCGACGUGAAAGCCGCCAACAUCCUGUUGGACGAAGACUUUGAAGCCGUCGUGGGUGACUUUGGCCUCGCCAAGCUCAUGGAUUACAAGGACACCCACGUGACGACUGCUGUGAAGGCGCUGCUGAAGGAGAAGAAGCUGGAGCAGCUGGUGGACCCGGACCUGCAGGGCCGGUACGCGGACCAGGAGGUGGAGUCGCUGAUCCAGGUGGCGCUGCUGUGCACGCAGGGGUCCCCGAUGGAGCGGCCCAAGAUGUCGAAGGUGGUGUGGAUGCUGGAGGGCGACGGGCUGGCGGAGCGAUGGGAGCAGUGGCAGAAGGUGGAGGUGAUGCGGCAGGAGGCAGAGCUCGCCCCGCGCCACAACGACUGGAUCGUCGACUCCACCUACAACCUCAGGGCCGUCGAACUUUCCGGCCCGAGGUAG